GUUAGGAUAUCCAUCUAUUAGAGGUUUCGUAAUACAGGGUCGUCUUUCAACAUAAACCACAAAAGCUGUUGGCUCCCCUUAUCACAUUCUGCCCCGCACUAAAUACUCCCUUCGUUGCGGUAUUAUUCUAUCACAAGCGAAUCUUUUGAGGUUGCAAAUAACAGAAGGUUCACAAAGACAUUUACGUGUUUUGUCUUGGUUGGGUCUACCUGGCAUCAUCUUGUUUCCACCUUCGAACCUUAUGAGCACCCUGCCACGUACGAGCACACGUCAUGUCCUUCGACAAGUCGCAAAGCCCGCCUCAGCCAGCCCCUGUCUUCACGGCAACCCCGAGCUCAAUUAUUGAGGAUACCAGGCGUCUGGUUGAGCGGUCUCGCGAGGUUCAGCAUCGUAUCUUGGAGAAUGUCGAGCCUAAAUCCGCCACCUUUUCCAACGCCAUUCUGCCUGUGGCCCACUUGGAGAAUGCUGCGACUGUAGAAAGCCAUGUUCUUCUAUUUUAUAGGUUUGUCUCGGCCGACCCAGAGCUACGCGAAGCAUCAAGAAGGGCUCAGAAUAUCUGGGACGAAUUCUCCGUCGAUACGGCAAUGAAUGAGGGUUUGUUCAAACUGGUCCAUGCCGUGCUGGAAAAGCACGAGGAGCUUGACCAAGAAUCCCUCAAUCUGUUGAAGAAAAAACACAAAAAUCAUAUUAGAAAUGGCCUCAAUUUGCCCGUCGGACCGUUGCGAGAUCGUUUCAAAACGAUUCAAAGUCGCUUGAGCCAGCUCUCAACCGAGUUUCGAGAAAACCUGGCCGAAACUGGCGCUGUGUGGUUCUCUCCUGACGAACUUGAAAUGGUCCCCGAAAGCGCCUUGUCCAGGUUUGAAACUGGACAGGGCGAGAACCAGGGCAAACUCCGGGUUACGUUUAGGCCCCCCGACUUCUAUCCCGUUAUAAGGCAUGCAAAUUCCGAGCAGACUCGACGGCAUCUCUUCAUUGGGAAUGAAAAUCAAUGUAAAAAGAAUGUCCCUGUUUUCAGAGAAGCAGUGAUUCUUCGUGACGAAGCUGCUCGGCUACUCGGCUACUCUAACCAUGCAGCAUUCCGCAUCGAAGAUAAGAUGGCCAAGACACCCGAGACUGUGGAUGAGUUUUUGAAAGACCUACAUAUUCGAUUAGAAGAGGGCGGUCGUCAGGAGGUAGGCAGAUUGAAGGAACUCAAGAAGAAAGACAUCCAAUCCCGUGGACAAACCUUUGAUGGACGGUUUUACGUUUGGGACACUUCGUAUUACCACCGCCUCAUGCUUGAGGAGCAAUACUCAGUUGAUCAUCAGAAGAUCGCAGAAUAUUUCCCGGUCGAGACAACUCUUGCCGGCAUGUUCAAGAUUGUUCAGCAUUUGUUUGGUCUGCAGUUCCGUCGACUACAUGUCGAUGGGAUAAAUAAAUGGCAUCCAGAUGUUCAGGUAUUUAGCGUCUGGGAUAGUGAGGAACUUGGAGGAAGCUUUGUCGGCUACUUGUACUUGGACCUCUUUUCCCGUGAUGGGAAGAUCAGAAAUGCGGCAAACUUCAAUGUGGUUCCGGGUUUCGUCAAGGAGGACGGCACACGCCAAUACCCUACCACAGCAUUAGUCUGCAACUUCCCAAAGCCCUCCUCAGAAAAUCCGAGUCUAUUAAGGCACGAUGAGGUGGUUAUCCUUUUUCAUGAGCUGGGCCAUGCCAUACACGACCUAGUAGCAAGGGUCAGCUAUGCUUGCUUCCACGGCACUGAGACCGUGGUAGACUUUGGGGAAGCUCCCAGCCAGAUGCUUGAAUAUUGGUGCUGGAUCCCUUCUCAGCUGAAGGCCUUAAGUAGGCAUUAUUCGUAUGAGUCCGAGGAGCACUUGGCAUUUUGGCGCAACAAAAACAGUGCGCAACAUAUACCGCCACCUGAGCGAAUCCCCGAUUAUUUGGUUGAUAGCCUUGUUAAAGCCAAACUCGUCAAUACCGCAAUUUCCAACUUGAAUCAACUCUCCAUUGGCAUCUUUGACAUGGCCGUCCAUACGCCCGACACUCAUGCGGCAAUCGAGGAGAUGAAUAUUUCUGCGGCAUUCAACAAGAUUCGAAGCGAUAUCCUUCCAGCGGAUAGCCCUGAAACAGUAGGGCUAGGAGAAGAAUGGGGGCAUAGCCAAGCGCAUUUGACUCAUCUGAUGGGAGAGUACGAUGCAGGAUAUUACGGGUACUUGUUCUCCAAGGUAUUCGCAGCUGAUAUGUUCUACACUGUCUUCAGUGAAAACCCAAUGGACAGCGAGGAAGGAAUCAGAUAUCGACAUACUCUCCUCGAGAAAGGAGGAAGCCAGGAUGAGAUGGUAACUCUGACUGAGUUUCUGGGUCGGGAACCUGAGAUGAAUUCUUUUUAUAAGGAGCUUGAUUUAGUAUAAAUAAAAGUGUGUGUAAGAGAUAUACUCUGAGUUUGUCUAACAAGAGAAUUUCUUUUAUUAAGUAUCUUAAGUUAGAGAGAAGGUAACACAAGAGAAAAGACUUAUUCUUUACCGAGC